AUGAAUUCCAACAACUGGCUUUCGUUUCCCCUUUCUCCAUCUUCAAAUGUUUCAUCUCAACCUCAUCAUUUCUCCCUAGGUUUAGUCAAUAAUGAUGACAUUCAUAAUCCAUUCCAAACUCAAGAUUGGGGUGGAGGGAAAGUUCCAGAAAUGGCUGAUUUUCUAGGUGUAAAUGCAAAGUCCGAAACUCAUUCCACAGACAUAGUGUCUUACGACGAAAUGCAAGCGAACGUCACGCAUUAUCUUUUUCAAAGUAACAACUUGAAUAAUCCAAUUCAAAAUCAUUUGGGACUCGUGACUAGUAAUAACGGGACUUAUGAUUUUCAAGAAAACCCUAGCAAUUUGCAAUCUUUGACACUCUCAAUGGGAAGUGGAAAGGGUUCUUCCUCAUCUACAUCCGAUAUUAUGGCUAAUGCUGAUAACCCUAGUAUUGCAAAUAAUGCUAUUGUUGAAGUUGUUGCCCCUAAAAGGACUUCGGAUACAUUUGGACAAAGAACUUCAAUUUAUAGAGGCGUUACAAAGCAUCGAUGGACCGGAAGAUAUGAAGCUCAUUUAUGGGAUAAUAGUUGUAGAAGGGAAGGACAAACUAGGAAAGGUCGUCAAGUCUAUUUAGGUGGGUAUGAUAAGGAGGAUAAGGCUGCUCGGGCAUAUGAUCUUGCUGCCCUUAAGUAUUGGGGUACAACCACAACUACUAAUUUUCCGAUUGCUAACUAUGAAAAGGAAGUUGAUGAAAUGAAACACAUGACUAGACAAGAGUUUUUGGCUUCAAUUAGAAGGAAGAGCAGUGGUUUCUCGAGAGGAGCAUCCAUGUAUCGUGGAGUUACGAGGCAUCAUCAACACGGAAGGUGGCAAGCACGCAUUGGUCGAGUGGCGGGAAACAAAGAUCUUUACCUAGGAACAUUUGGCACGGAAGAGGAAGCAGCCGAAGCAUACGACGUUGCAGCAAUAAAAUUUCGUGGCCUAAAUGCUGUAACCAACUUUGACAUGAACCGAUAUGAUGUAAAAGCGAUUCUCGAAAGCAGCACACUUCCAAUAGGUGGAGGGGCAGCCAAAAGGCUAAAAGAGUCCCAAGCCAUCGAAUCUUCACGUAGACGCGAAGAGUUAAUGGGCUUAGCGAGUUACCAUUACUCGAACCCAAACCCGAUUCAAACCCUACACCCCUCGCUCGAUCAAGCCCAAACUGUUCUAUCCCUACAAAACCACCAAGACUUAUCUAAUCAAUAUCCAACCUCACAAGAAAUAACACAUUAUCAAAACUACAUUCAAACCCAACUUCAAAACCACACCCAAUCCUCAUAUGGUUUGUCACCAGUUUACAAUGGUUAUUAUCAAGGGUUUCAUGGGUUGAUGAACGGUACUGGUGAUGCCACGCCAUCAUCAUCAUCUAUGAUGGAUCUUAAUAGUCCCGGGGCGAGUUAUAUGACUAUGGGUGGGUAUACUGGGCUUAAUGGACUUGGGGCAAGCUCUGGUUCUGGUUCUAGUUUUGGUUUGAAUGUAGGUGAUGGAUCGGGUCUUGAUCCGAAUUUGGGUUUGGUUAAGGUUGACUAUGACAUGGUGGGUGGGUCGGGUUUUGGUGGUUGGUCGGCUGGGGAGUCGGGUCAAGGGGGGAGUUUUUACAAUGUGGAAUGA